CUCCCAACAAAACAGAGAAAUAGACAAAGCUAGCGACACAGAAACAUUCAACAGGAAAGGUCAAACAUUCAAGGGAAACAACUCUAAUUCAAAUGACCCUUGACCUAUUUCCAAGGAGUGAUAACAGCACAAAACAGAACACGGUAAAGCUGGGACACCAUUCCAAAUAAAACAUUAUAGAGGAAGGAAAGUUUGUUUUAAAAACGUGUAGUGGAGUUUUAGACAUGGCAUCUUUCGAUAUAUAUCUCUACUGUGGACUGACAGCCGUUCUGGCAUACUUAAUUUACAAUUGUGCUACCUUAGUAACCGGCUACAUGGAAUGGUUGAAUCUAAGGAAAAGCUUUGCACAUUUACCGUUCCAUUGGUUUUUAGGAACUCUGCACUUGAUUAAAAGUGUGGAGGACAUAUUUCUUAUUCAUAAACCAUUGGUAAUGGCAGGUCAUAAAACGAUAUUAUACUGGCUUGGUCCACAUAGACCCGUACUAAUCACCGUUAAUCCAGAUACAGUCAAGGUCAUCUUGAAAUCUACAGCUCCUAAAUCCAAGGGUUUGAGUGGAUACAGUCUAUUAAUGCCUUGGCUAGGUGAUGGCUUGUUGAUAAGUGAUGGUAAAAAAUGGGAGAGAAAUCGUAAACUUUUAACAGCUGCUUUUCAUUUUGAGAUAUUACAGCCUUAUGUUGGUAUUUACAACAGUGUUACCGAAAUAUUAAUGAAAAAAUUAGAAAAAUCAAAUGGUGAAUUUAUUGAAGUGUUUGAACCUGUUAGUUUGGCGACGUUAGACACCAUGUUACAGUGUGCAUUCUCGUAUCAAGGAAAUAUACAACAGCUCGGAAAUCAUCAUCCCUAUGUUGUUUGUGUUCAGAGAAUAUGUCAAUUAGCUUUAAAAAGGAGUUUGGGUUUAUUGAGUCUGUUUACACCAUAUUAUAAACUAACUAAGGAUGGUCGAGAGUUCUUUCAAAAGUGUGAUUAUGUCCAUCAGUUUUCUACAGAAAUUAUUAACAAGAGAAAAGUUGAAUUGCAAAAUAAAUCUGAAGAAGAAAUAAAGAAGAAACGCCAUCUUGAUUUCCUGGACAUUUUGUUGACAGCUAAGGAUGAAAAUGGUGAAAGUUUGUCAGAUAUAGAAAUACGAGAUGAAGUUGAUACUUUUUUAUUCGAAGGUCAUGAUACGACGGCGUCGGCUAUUAGUUGGUGUUUUUAUGCCUUGGCUCGAUAUCCACAAAUACAGGAGAAAGUUUAUGAUGAUGUUUCAAGAGUUUUAGAUGUUUCUACAGAUUUACAAUGGAAAGAUCUGCCAGAGUUUACAUUCUUACCGCUGUUUAUCAAGGAAACAUUGAGAUAUUAUUCACCUGUACCGACCAUCAGUCGGCAGGUAAAGGAUCCGAUGGUAAUCGACAAUGUGGAGAUACCAAUAGAUACGGUUAUCGAUAUCAACAUGGUUCUUAUUCACCAUAACCCUAAUAUAUGGUCAGAUCCUGAGGACUUUAAACCAGAAAGAUUUACCACUGAGGCCAUUGAUAGCCGAGAUCCAUAUGCUUUUGUUCCUUUUUCUGCUGGGCCAAGAAAUUGUAUUGGUCAGAAUUUUGCCAUGAAUGAGAUGAAGACAGUGAUUAGUCGAGUUGUACACAGAUUUCGUGUAGAGUAUGAUGAGACAAGAAUACCUGAACCGAUACCUGAAAUAGUUACACGAGCUAAAGAUGGGUUAUAUUUGCGAUUUAUACCCAGAAACCCUGGAAAAUAAAUGGAUGAAGUACAAGCUCCGGGUAUCAUUUGGAUUCCUCAUUAUUCUUAAAAGUUUUUUAAAUACGCCCACAUUUUCAUGUAGACAUAUAUUGUUGUAGCCUGUGUCCGUCCAUCCACAAUUGUUUGUGCACACUCUACAGGUCACAAUUUUUAUCUGAUUUUGAUGACACUUGAAAUAUAGGUUUAUCUCCAAAAGAUCUUAAUUCCUUUCGAUAUUGGCAUCUUUCGGGCCAUAACUUCUUGGAUUAUGGUUCCUGAUUGUACGAAAAAUCAUGUUUUUAGCUUGUAAACACUCUAGAGGUCACAAUUACCCAAAGAUCUUGGUUCCUUUCGAUAUUCACGCAUAUCAGACUGUAGUAACUUUCUGGGUUAUGGCCCCUGAUUGUUUGAAAAAUGGCUUCUUUUUUUUAGCUUGUUCCCUAUCUAUCUAUUUCAAAAUGUGGGUGUAUCUUGCAUGUCAAUCGCUGAUUAUAAAUAUCAUUCAUAAUUAAAAUGUAGCCUGGUGAUUACGUUUUUUUUUGUUUAUGUGCUUUUUAUAGAUUAAUUUGUUGUGAUUUUAUAUUUGUUUUUGUAAAGCGCCGGAGAGCAGCUUGCUGAGUUGAAUUGUUGGUGCUAUAUCAAUUAUUAGUAUUAUUAUUACUACUUUACUUCCCAUUUCCCAAUAUUGUUUAGAUUAAUAAAAAAAUGUACAUUACCCUCAUAGAGAUAUAUUGAAAAAUAUUCAUAAUCAUAUAUAUUAUAGAUAUCAAUCAUAUGUCAAAUAUUGCUAAGAAUAAUUUGCUCAAAUAUCUUAAAGAUACAUUAUAUAAGAUUUAGAUAAAGAGCAGACCAUUCUUGCUAUAAUAGCUCAAAAAUAGAUAAUAUAAAAUGAACAUAUUGAAAAUUUCAUUCAAAUUACUUCAUUCAGAGCCAAGUUAUCCCUGUUUGUAGUUUUGGCAAGAUGUGUUCAUAGUUGUAACCAGGGCACUGGUAUAUUCGAGACUUAGCUUCGCUUUCCCAUUUUUAAAUUAAUUUUUUUUAUAAUGGCGAACCGUUCUAAUCUAGUUAAAAUCUCAAGUAUCCGAUGUCAUCGAGAGUUGAUUAUGGUCUUGUUUUGUUAAUAAAUGUCUAAUUAAUGGUUUAUUUAACAUUUCAGGCCCAAAUAAAGCCCUGCAAUAGGCAUAUUUAGCUCUUGCAUAAUGUAUGUUUAAAUAAUUAUGAUGACCAUAAGACAAAGAUGGUCCCAAAAUUUCUCAAUCAUAAUAGCAAGCUUCAGAAUUUACUGGAAUCAAAUUUAUUAGUAUAGCUAUAAUCAACUCUCUAGACUAUUGGAUGUUGCAGAUGUAAACAGUUUGAAAUACGAUUGCCAUUUAAUGAUUUAAUUCAAAGAUGAAGAAAUGAAGCUGAAUGUUGAUUUAUAAAAAAGCUUGCUAUAUAAUAAACAAUCUAAGUCAAAACAGUGAUAAGGCCACUCGAAAUAAAUUAAUUUGAAUGAAAUUUUCAAUAUUUAUUUUUGAAUUACCUAUUUUUUAGAACUAUUAUAACAAGAACAGCCAGCUCUUUAUCUAAAUAUUAUCUAAAGUAUCAUUAACAAACUUUUCCAGUGAUAUAUAUUGGCGCGUUACUGGAGUCUUGUCUGAGAGCACUCAGUGCAGGCUCAGGGGAGUCCUGUCUGAGAACACUCAGUGCGGGCCUAGAGGAGUCCUGUCUGAGAACACUCAGUGUGGGCCUAGAGGAGUCCUGUCUGAGAACACUCAGUGCGGGCCUAGAGGAGUCAUGUCUGAGAACACUCAGUGCGGGCCUAGAGGAGUCCUGUCUGAGGACACUCAGUGCAGACCUAGAGGAGUCCUGUCUGAGAACACUCAGUGCAGAACUAGAGGGGUCCUGUCUGAGAACACUCAGUGCAGGCCUUAGGAAGAUUUUCUGGAAUGUGAUCUGUUCAUUAUUUGUGUAGAUGUCUGUAUAACUUAAAGAUACCGACUUGACAUUAAUAGAAACCUGGAUGAACACCUGACCUGGAUGAACACCAAUGUAAUCUUUAUUUAAACAUGAAUCAGAAUUGAUUGAUUUUAUUUCUUUUGAUUGAUUUUUAGUACUCUUUGGAUUGUCACAUCUUGAACUCUGACCUCAAUGUGAUUAAAAUACAGAUCUAUA